AUGGGCUACAAUCCAAUCCGAGUGCAUCUGAACACACAUCAUCACCACCACAACAACCGCAUCUUCCACAACCUCCACGCACAAUUGUCAGCCAGUUUCCAACUCCUGACGACAUCUCUUCAUCCCAAUCGAAACCCCCAGCCAACCGGGGACACAAGCCUCUCCGGAACAGAGCAAGCAGCCCUCGCCCCCCAAGAACACCCCGCCAAAAUGGCCGACCGCAACCUCCAACAGAUCAUCACCACCCUCCGCCAAAAGGGCUCCUCCCUCCCCUUCGCCGAAUCCUCCGCUCUCCUAUCAAAGGCAAAGCUUCACCUCCUCCAACUUAACGCCCUGACUCCCUCCGCCAAAUCCUCCCCCGACCUCCUCGCCCUGGCCCGCGAGACGUACGAACUCGGCGCCCUCGCCUCCAUCCGCGCAAAGAACCCCGACGCCUUCACCCGCUACGUCCAGCAGCUCCAGCCCUUCUACGAGCUGCCGUCAAACCUCCUCCAGCCCAACCCCCCCGAGCAGAACAAGGUCACCGGCCUCUAUCUCCUCCUUCUCCUCACCCAGGGCCGCUACGCCGAGUUCCACUCAGAGCUCGAGAGCCUGGCCAACCGCGAGGGCGGCGGCGAUAGCAGCGCCGUCGAGGGUGACAGGUACCUUGGAUACCCCAUCCGUCUCGAGAGAUGGUUGAUGGAGGGAAGCUACGACCGUGUCUGGAACGCCCUCAAGAGCCGCGACGUGCCAAGCGAGGAGUACGCCGUCUUCUCAGAGAUUCUCACCUUCCAAAUCCGCUCCGAAAUCGCCUCAAGCAGCGAGCGCGCCUACCCCAGCCUGCCCAUCAGCUCCGCAAAGUCCCUCCUCUUCCUCGACUCCGAGGGCGACGUCAUCUCCUUCGCCCAGCAGCGCGGCUGGAUCCUCAAGGACGGCCAGAUCCGGUUCCCCGACACGGCUGAGGCCACCGCCGCUGAGGACGGCACCCACGAGAAGGAGAUGAGCCAGAUGGUGAUAGAGAACACGUUGGGUUACGCCAGGGAACUCGAGACCAUUGUGUAG